AUGGAGGCCCCUGCCCCCAAACCUACGGAGACAGCUCUGCCCUCUCAAGACCCUGCUCUUGCUUUCAAAGAGAAUCCAGAAGACGAGUUGGGCCCUGGUUUCCUGGGAGCAAGGUCCGAGGAGUUGGUUACAUUCAAGGAUGUGGCUGUGGACUUCACCCAGGAGGAGUGGGGCCAGCUAGACUCCCCUCAGAGGGCCCUGUACUGGGAUGUGAUGCUGGAGAAUUACCAGAACCUUCUCGCCCUCGGACCUCCAGUCUGCAAGCCAGACAUGAUCUCCUACCUGGAGCGAGGCGCGGCCCCAUGGCGUGUGCUGAGAGGAGCCCAUGCAGCUGCCCUUCCAGAGCGGGAGCCCACGUCAGUGAUGGAGGAGGAGCGCGAGUACAAGGAAGAGCCUGUCCAGGAGGCGGCAACGGAAAACCUGACGUGGCCCAGCCUUCACAGCUCCCACCCGGGCGACGCGUGCGGCUGGGAAGAACAGGCCGACGCUCUGACCGGAAGUAAGCGCGUGUCCCGGAAGUUGAUGCCCAUCCCCCGCGAGGUCGCGUCAACAGAGCAGGAGAACACUCAGGGACUUGGCGAGGCCCAGGGAGACUCUCCCUUCAGGCCAGCCGCCCUCCUUCAAACAAGCAGUCCUGCACAGGUGGGCUCCUGUGACAGGUCCGUGACGCAUUUCCGGCCCAGCGAGGCCAUCGUCCCGCCCCAGAGGACCUGUGCGGGCAGAAACUCUUUCCGGUCCGCCGAGCCCCGGAAGUACUCGCGGGUGGGCGGGCCACAGGUCACUGGCCCUGCAGAGGCUAUUUUUGCUUGUGGCGAGUGCGGGAAAGUUUUCGGGCAGAGCUCCUCCCUGGCUCUGCACAGGCGCUGGCACACCCGCGAGAAGGCUUACAAGUGCCGCGAGUGCGGCAAAGCCUUCACAUGGAGCACCAACCUCAUCGAACACCAGCGCAUCCACACCGGCGAGAAGCCCUUCUUCUGCAGCGAGUGUGGCAAGGCUUUCAGCUGCCACUCUUCGCUCAACGUGCACCAGCGUAUCCACACUGGCGAGCGGCCCUACAAGUGCAGCGCCUGCGAGAAGGCCUUCAGCUGCAGCUCGCUGCUCAACAUGCACGUGCGUGUGCACACGGGCGAGAAGCCCUACCAGUGCACCGAGUGCGGCAAGGCCUUCAACCAGCGGACGCACCUCACGCGGCACCAGAGGAUCCACACGGGCGAAAAGCCCUACAAGUGCGGCGCGUGUGGGAAAGCCUUCACGUGCCACUCGUCCCUUACCGUGCACGAAACCAUCCACAAUGGAGAGAAGCCUUUUAAGUGCAGCGAGUGUGAGAAGGCCUUUAACAGCCGUUCUCGCCUCACCCUGCACCAGCGGAUCCACACCGGCGAGAAGCCGUUCAAGUGUGGCGACUGCGGGAAAGGCUUCAGCUGCCACUCCUACCUGAUCGUGCACCAGCGGGUCCACAGCGGGGAGAAGCCCUUCAAGUGCAACGAGUGCGGCAAGGCCUUCAGCUCCCACUCCUACCUCAUCGUGCACCAGCGGGUCCACACCGGGGAGAAGCCUUUCGACUGCAGCAGGUGCUGGAAGGCCUUUAGCUGCCAUUCCUCUCUCAUUGUGCACCAGCGCAUCCACACGGGCGAGAAGCCCUACAAGUGCACUGAGUGCGGCAAGGCCUUCAGCCAGAACCACUGUCUGGUCAAACACCAGAAGGUCCACUCCGGGGAGAAGUUGUGGAAGUGUGACGAGUGUGGGGAAAUGUUCAGCUGGAGUGCCCACCUCACGGAGCACCGGAGACGGCACAGCCCCGAGAAGCCCUUUGCUGUCCAGUUCAGCCAGCACUGGCUGAGGACCUACUACGUGCCAGACAGUCUGCUGGGCACGGGGGACCCAGAGCUGGGUGACAUCGAUAGUGUCAAUGCAAUGGAUGUGGCAGAACUACUGUGUGCUGGGCAGCCCUCACCCAGCAGGCUGUGCCCCCUGGCGAACAAAUCUCCAAAUUGA